AAAAAAAAGGCUUUUUACUGAGCUUUAAUAGAGAAAUAUUGCAGAAAUGAGCUGUCCUUUAAAAGGGGAAGAAAUUGAAAAAAGACUUCAUCGUAUUCGAAUCACAUUAACAUCAAGAAAUGUCAAGAAUUUGGAGAAAGUAUGCUCUGAUUUGACGCAGAGAGCAAAGGAUAAGAAUUUGCGUGUAAAAGGACCGGUUCGUUUACCGACAUGUGUAUUAAAAAUUACGACGAGAAAAACACCAUGUGGAGAAGGAUCGAAGACGUGGGAUAGAUUUGAAAUGCGUAUCCAUAAGAGAGUUAUUGAUUUGCAUUCACCGACAGAGACAGUAAAACAGAUAACAUCGAUUACUAUGGAGCCGGGAGUGGAAGUUGAAGUGACGAUUCAACAGUCAUCUCAGCUUUCAUUAGGAGUUUGAAAUGUUAUUUGUGUCGAAUAAUGAAUAAAUAGUAAUUUUGUUCGAA